CGCGCGCGAGGUAGCUGCCGCGGCCUCCUAGACGAAUGCCACCGUUGCGGCACCCGAUUCGCGCUUGUUUGUGGAGUCGGAUAUCAGUUUAAACAAUUUAGUUAAUUGUAUAUGCAGUUUUUUCGGGAAUAUUCUGAAAAAUCGUUAUUAGAGUGCCAUAAGGUUUUUUUUGAAAAAAGUGUUCAAGGUGAUUUAAUAAAUAAACUGUCUUCUUUUAUGAUAUGCAUUUUUGGGAUUUAUGUAUUUGUAGAUAGAAAUGCAACAUCUGAAAUAAAAAUUUAUAUAUUAUGAACUAAAGCAGUUUGACUUUAAACGUAUGCAAGUGAAACAAGCCAAAUUAUUUUGUGGGACUGUGGUUUGUGUAACAUUUUAAUAGUGAUUCUUGAAAUUGUGUCUAUUACUGGGAAUGUGCAAUAUAUUUUUAAACAAUGGCUUACGUAGUUUGGAGGGUUGUGAUGAAGAAGUAUUCCAAGAUUCGAUUGGGAUUGACCGGGAACGGAUCACAGGUUACUCCAAGCAACCAAAGAGCAGUAACAUACGACGAGGAAUCAUGGAAACCGACACCAGAAGAAACUUCUUCAAAAGAAAAAAGUCCAGAACCCUCAACCUCCUCCUCUUCUACGUCAUCAAAACAAACUAGCAAAACUAAGAAAGUGAAAAAGUACUUGAAGAAGUGCAAAAAUGCCUUGGGCACCAGCAAGUCUUACAGCAGUUUCGAUUCGAAAUCCUCUUGGUACGUAGAUCCUAGAUUAGAAAACCUCGUUUGUGAGAGUGAAAUCAACGAAUUGGAAGAAGUUUUUGAAGAUGCUGUUGUAGUGAAACCUUUAGAGAUACAUGAAAGAGUUAAGUUUGAGGUAGCCAGUGUUAUUCAAGUUAAAGGUCCACCAAAUGAAAAAGAUGACAACAAAGAGCCGGAAGAUAUUAACAGCACUAAAGACAUAGCUUCUGGAAGUUUUGAUCAUUUCGAAUCAGCUCUAAAUAGUCUUCAAAGCGAAGCAACUAUAACUUCGGAGGACUGUGAUUUUUUCUCCUUAGAGGAAACUCUAUACGACGAGACUUCCUUUAAGCAUAAACAAAUAGUUUUAGAGAGUUUUAGGCAAGACAUUGCUAUGGGUGGUAACAAGUUGAGUAAGUGUAACAUCAGCGAGAAUAGAUCACAACAAAGUGAGGGUGCUUUUUUAGAGAAAAGAACUAGCGUUGAUCAAGGGGGAGGUGAAGUUUUUUGUAAUAGUGAAUCGAAGAAGAAUAUAGAAAAAAGUGAUAUUAAUUCUGUCUCGCCCUUCUUGAGGAACGAGCAAGAGGAGGUAGAAGAUGGAGUUAGUAAAAUUGUGAGGAGGAAAGUUGAGGAUGGGAGUGAAGAAAAAGAGGGAAUUACUGUUUCUAAUAACUUGCAUAAAAGUGAAGUAGAAGCCCUAGUCGAAAAAUACUUCGGAGACAUUUACAGCAACUUUGCCGGAUCGAAAAAGUGCCUAAUUCGCCAAGCUAGGGACUUGCUAGUUUGCGAGUACCAUGGCUGUUUCAACAAGUUCGAGAACGAGUUCUGCGUGCAAGCCUCCAAACUUCUUCAACAUUUAAAGUUGGCCCAACAUAUUUCUGAUUUCAAUCUUUAUCUUUAG